AUGAAACUGCUCGAUAUAAUAUCGGUACUCGGUACCUCUUCGUUGUUGUCCAAAUUGGCUGCCGCCGACAGUACAACUACUACUGACAGUACACCUACUGACAGUUCGUGCAACCCACUAAAAACUACAGGCUGUUCAGCAGAUACUGCCCUAGCAACCAGUUUCAGUGAAGAUUUUUCAUCUUCAUCCAAAUGGUUUACUGAUUUGAAGCAUGCAGGUGAAAUCGAAUACGGUAAGGAUGGUUUGUCCAUGACGCUGGCCAAAAGGUACGAUAACCCAAGUCUGAAAUCUAAUUUUUACCUUAUGUACGGUAAGGUGGAAGUCAUCAUGAAAGCUGCGAGUGGUACCGGUAUAGUUUCAUCAUUCUAUCUACAAAGUGACGAUUUAGACGAAAUCGAUAUCGAAUGGGUAGGUAGUGACAAUACUCAAUUCCAAUCGAACUUCUUUUCCAAGGGUGAUACCACAACAUAUGACAGAGGCCAAUUCCACGGUGUCGAUGCUCCUACUGAUAAAUUCCACAACUACACUCUAGAUUGGGCCAUGGACCAAACGACCUGGUACCUAGACGGGGAAUCUGUCAGAGUCCUAUCAAACACAUCGAGUGAAGGUUACCCACAAUCCCCAAUGUACCUAAUGAUGGGUAUCUGGGCUGGUGGUGACCCAUCCAACGCUCCUGGUACCAUUGAAUGGGCUGGCGGUGAAACCAACUAUGCUGACGCUCCAUUUACUAUGUACAUUGAAAAGGUCAUUGUCACUGACUAUUCCACAGGUAAACAGUACACUUAUGGUGACCAGUCUGGUUCUUGGGAAUCUAUUAAGGUCGAAGACGGUUCUGUUUACGGUAGAUAUGAGCAGGCGCAAGAGGAUUUCGCUGCUUUAGCUAACGGCGGUAGUGUUUCCAGCUCUUCAGCUACAUCAUCCGCUACAUCAUCUUCAGCUACGUCAUCAUCCGCUUCAUCUUCGGCUACAUCAUCAGCCAAAUCGUCAUCCACUUCAUCUUCAGCUACAUCAUCUUCAGCCAAAUCAUCGUCCGUUGAAUCAUCAUCCGCUACAUCAUCAUCCGCUACUUCAUCAUCCGCUACUUCAUCAUCCGCUACUUCAUCAUCCGCUACAUCCGUUUCUUCUUCAAGUUCCGUUAGUUCUUCCAACAAGCAAUCCUCAACUUCAACCAAAAAAUCAGUUACUCCCUCGACUGCAACUGUCUCCACCAUUUCUUCUACCAGCGCCCCAACUUCCAGUAGAUCCACAGUCGCUCCAACUACCCAACAAUCUUCCGCAUCUGAAGAAGAAGAAAAGGGCGGUGUAGCAACAUCAAGUAACAAUGCAUCAACCAGUUCAGCUACCCAAAGAUCUAGUGAACAAUCAUCCGCAGUUGAAACCUCUACCUCCGAAACUAGGUCUAUUAGCACUGUUCAAACCGCUAACGGUGCUAAUUUUGCUCAAAGCCUACCAAGAGAGGGAAAACUUUUCUCUCUAUUUGUAACAGCUUUAUUGGCUUUAUUCUGA